AUGAGUGUGGUGGCCAGGGAGUUCCUUGAGGUUUUUAUCAACACCAUUCUUUAUAGAACCAAGGGCUCCAAUCACCACUGGCACAACUCUCAUAAUAGUCUUCCACAUGCUGCUAAUCUCAAUGGCCAUAUCUUCGUAUCUGUCAUAUUCAUCAGUAAUGUAUACACUAUUCGAGACGACAAGGACAUUGGCGUGACGAACUACCUGGUCGUCAAUCUAUGCAUAGCGGACCUGAUGGUAGCCGUCACGUGCAUGCCUGUCGCAGUCGGUCGCAUCGUCUAUAGAAUAUGGAUCUUCGGACUCGUGCUCUGCAAGUUGACUGCAUACGUGCAAGGUGUGUCGAUCUGUGCAAGCGUCUUCACGCUCACCGUCAUGGCGUUCGACCGCUACGUCGCCAUCCGGCAUCCGAUGACGGUGCGCAAGUACAUAACGACGCGUCUGAUCGGCCGCUUCAUAGCCGUCAUCUGGAUCUCGUCCGUCGUCCUCGCGUCGCCGCUGCUCGUCGUGCAGCGCAUACAGACGCACGAGUUGCUCUCCGUCUCCAUCGACUUUUGCUACGAGAUGUGGCCGAGCGUCGAGGAGCGGCGAGCGUACGGGCUGUUCGUGCUCAUAGCCGUCUACCUGCUGCCGGGCUUCGUCGUGCUGGCGACGUACGCGCUCAUGGGUCUGCGGCUGUGGCUGGUGCAGGACGUGCAUAAGGAGCAGCAGGACGCGAUCGCUGCGAGGCUGAUCAAGGCGCGGCGACGCAUCGCCAAGAUACUCGUCAUCAUCUCGCUGCUGUUCGUCGUCUGCUGGUUGCCGUACCACCUCCUCCAGCUCGUCAUCGACUUCAGCUGUGAUAUCUACAACGCGCGCACGCAGAGCUAUCGGCGGGCGCUGCCCUUCGCGCUGCUAUUCGCGCACAUGUACAGCGCUAUCAACCCGGUCAUCUACUGCCGACUCAACAAGACAUUUAAGUUGUCCAUAUACCGCAUGAUGCGCUGCCGCCCGAUGGAGGACGAUACGAGACAGGUGGGCGCCAUCGACCAUUGA